AUGGCUCCCGCACCCGUGUCGGCCCUUGGUAUGGCACUCAACGGCAAGUCCGCAUCUGUCGAUAUUCCAAAGCCUCGCGAUGCUCUCGGUCGGGACAACUUCACUGCUGCACCGGCCGUCUCCCAAAAGCACUCGGGCAUGUUGCCUACUCCUCCCAACUCCAUCUCUCCGAACCUCCCUCCACGCAACCACGGUCGUCGCGACAGCCGUCACCAUGGCCCCGUGUCGCCAAAGAGCACCGCCGUUGAUUCAGACGUUGACUUCCACGAUGUCAACGAUACCAAUCAACCGACUGCGCUCAGCGCUGAGGCGCUAGAUAGCUUGGGUGAUCUGGACAGUGCUGGCGCUAUCACCCCUGGCAUGUUGGCGAAACACCACUUGCCAGACAUCCUACUGUCCCAUGGUCCUCUGGCCAUUAGACACAUCAUGGGCUAUCUGACGACCACCGUGCCUGGCUUCUCGCGCAUCACCUCGGCCAAAGCUCGUCGUCUGGUCGUGGCUGCGCUCGAGGGCAAGGGUGGCAAUAUCGAAAGAGAAGGCGAUAUCCUUUUCGACAAAGUGGGUUGGGGGAGAUGGGAUGCUCGCAUCAAGGGCCAGCCGCCACGAGAGCGCCAGGGCACUGCCAUGACACCUCCGGGCAGUCUACCCUCAUCCUACUCUCAGCCUGGUCUACAGGUACCUGGCCAGAGAUCCUGGCGCACGGGAUCCCAAGACCUCGGCACCAGCUACACCGGGAACUCGGCCGUCUUUUCUCACUCCGAGAUGGAAUAUGAGGACCAAGACAUGUUGGAGCAUGAAGCUGACAAGAUGUCUUUGGACGGCGACGAAGGCGGUUAUGUAUCGUCCGUAGCCGAGGAUCCUCUCGACGAAGAUCUCGGAGAGGGCGACGCUACCGACGAGGAAGACUGGGCCAGCAUUGGCGCCGAAGCUCUUCGUGCAAGGUCGUUGCCGAACAAUGGCAGAUCCAUUUCUGGCCCUGGCCGGCUCUAUCAGCCUAUUGCCACCUACUCUUAUCGGCCCAGGCCGCGAUCAAAGACUCCCGCUGAGAUCGCUCGUACUGCUCCAGCGAAGCCGUUUCCGAUCAACUCUUCAACUCCUUAUUCAUUUCCAAGUGGCGCCGGCGUUAACAACUCCCAAGAAAGAGCUGCAAUUGAAGCACUCUUGAGCCUUGGGUCUGUAUAA